CCUAGUGCCAUCUCGCGGCUGCGAAUCAUGUCUCCCGUCGGUCUUUGCGCUUUCUUGGGUAUCUGCCCCCCCCCUGGUUGGCUGCCUGGGCUGCGUGCACUCAAUUGAUACAUCUAUAUAAGUUGCGGUGCAACGCAGGCCUGCUCUCUGUUUGCUCGUUGACAGCGCACGUGCACUGAACAAUAGGCAUUGCCGUCGCGACCCAUCCGGGCCGUACGUAUCCUCGACGCCUUUUCCAUUCUACUCUUACUUUUUCUUCAUCUCCUUCCCUCUUCCAUCAGGCAUGGACAAGAAGUCCGCGAAGGACCAGACUUCGGACGGCCGUUCCUCCAGCCAAGGGUUCACUCAUCAUGCGGAGGAAAGCAUGAGCGAGAGGGAGCCCUACGGACCCCCAGGUAUCCGGGGUCUGAUGGCCAAUCCCUUUGUGCUUUUGUGCGCUGCGUGCUCGACGCUGGGAGGUCUCACAUUUGGGUACGACCAGGGCGUGGUAUCCGUCAUCCUGGUGAUGGACCAAUUUCUUGCACGCUUUCCCCAGGUGUCCUCGGGCUUCUGGAAAGGGUUGAUGACGGCAAUGAUUGAAUUGGGGGCGUUUAUCGGCGCGAUGAAUCAGGGAUGGAUUGCAGACAAAAUCUCCCGCCGAUACUCCAUCCUUGUGGCGGUUUGCAUCUUCACGGUUGGGUCGGUGUUGCAGACGGCUGCGGUGGAUUAUCCGAUGCUCGUUGUAGCGCGGCUGAUUGGUGGUGUGGGGAUUGGUAUGCUGUCUAUGGUGGCUCCGCUGUAUAUCUCAGAAAUCAGCCCACCCGAAUGUCGAGGCACGCUUUUGGUCAUGGAAGAGUUCUUUAUCGUCCUCGGAAUCGUCAUUGCAUACUGGAUCACAUACGGCACUAGGUAUAUGUCCGGCGAAUGGGCAUGGCGUCUUCCCUUCCUGCUGCAGCUGAUCCCGGGCUUUAUCCUGGCUGCGGGAGUGAUCAUCCUGCCUUUCUCUCCCAGGUGGCUUGUUUCGAAAGGAAGGAUCGCGGAGGCCCUGCAGAGUCUCUCGAAACUUCGUAGGUUACCUACAUCCGAUAAGCGUGUCAGACAAGAACUUCUAGACAUCAAGGCCGAAGUGCGCUUCCACCAGGAACUCAACGCCGAGAAGCACCCUAAAGUGCAAGGCCCCGGGCUCAAGAAUGCAGUGCUGCUCGAUUUGGCCAGCUGGGUCGACUGUUUCAGGAAGGGUUGCUGGCGACGAACGCAUAUCGGAAUCAUGCUGAUGUUCUUCCAGCAGUUCGUAGGUGUAAACGCCCUCAUCUACUACGCACCCACUCUUUUCGAAACCAUGGGUUUAGACUACGACAUGCAACUGUUAAUGGCGGGAAUCAUCAACGUAUCGCAGCUAGUGGGAGUAACAACCAGCAUCUGGACGAUGGACAAGCUAGGUCGACGGACGCUACUCCUCUGGGGCACCGCCUUCAUGGCGGUAAGCCACAUCAUCAUCGCAUCUUUGGUCGGUGUCUACUCCAACGACUGGCCCGUCCAUCGAGUACAGGGCUGGGUCAGCGUGGCUUUUCUGGUUGUCUACAUGAUCGCGUUCGGAGGAUCCUGGGGGCCGGUCGGGUGGGCGUUACCAGCUGAGGUCUUCCCAUCAUCCCUCCGCGCAAAGGGCGUGGCACUAUCCACCUGCUCCAACUGGCUAAACAACUUCAUCAUCGGCCUAAUCACACCCCCCCUCGUCGAAGACACCGGCUAUGGAGCCUACGUCUUCUUCGCCGUCUUUUGUCUGCUCGCAUUUGUCUGGACGUUCAUGUUCGUGCCCGAGACCAAGGGCCGCACGUUAGAACAGAUGGACGAGGUGUUCAAGGACAACUCCAGCGAGGCGGAGAAGGCGCGGAGAUGCGCCAUUGAGGCGGAUUUGGUGAGGGAGGAGGAGAGGGGGUUCGAUAUGGGAGCUUAGCAUUCUACUCUUCCCCUUGUGUUUCUUCUGCUUCUCUUGCUUCUGAGAGCAAAUCCACUAGUGGAUGAGCGUUCGCUUCUUGUGUAUAUCAUGGUAGCUGGACUGGGCUGGACUGGGCUAGGGUUUAUGAAUUAUGAAUUACACUAUUAUUUAUUUGCGGAGCUGGAUGUAUGUAGGUGGUAGGGUGGGGUUGAAUAUCAUGAUGCUGGUAUAGGGAAGGAAUGUUGUCAUUCAACGUACAAGUUCAAUGCCUUUACUUUUGAG